GGCUGUGGCGGACUAGCUGCUGCAGAGGGUCGGACAGAGGCGGCCGGAGCUAUUGCUGGACGGGUCGGGGUAGAGUGGCUGGUGCUGGUGCUCGAGGAGGUGCUCGGGCCAGUGGUGGCCGGACCUGCAGCUGGAGGAGGAGGUCGGGGCAGAGGCGGCCGGAGAGGUGGGAGGCGGCGUCGGCCCCGAUUGGAUCAGGAAACAAGGGAGGAAUAGACGAGGGUAGCGAACUUGGGGUGGGACCUCUAGUUCAGGACUUGCGCCAUUUUUUUUUGCUCGCCUCCGAUUUGGAUCCGAACAGAGCAGCGCUUCUCCGUCCCCUCUCCAUACCUACCGGCGCCCCUUCCUCCAUCCCGCUGCGCGCAGGUCGGCUGCGAUGGCGGAGGAGGCGGGAAGGAGGAAGCGCGCGGCGGUGGUGGUGCUGGGCGACAUCGGCCGCAGCCCGAGGAUGCAGUACCACUCCCUCUCCCUCGCCAACCAGGCUGGCAUGGAAGUGGACAUUGUUGCGAACGGAGGAAGUGAUCCCCAUUUAUCAUUGAGAGAAAAUCCAUCUAUUCAUGUCCACGAGAUGAAAUCAGUGCAGUUAUCAGGGAUUUCUAAGAUAUCUGGUGCCCUGGCACUGCUUCUUAAAGCUGCCAUCCAGUUUAUCAUGCUGGUUUGGUUCCUUGGCUUUAAGAUUCCCCGUCCUGAUGUCUUUCUUGUUCAGAAUCCACCCUCAGUUCCAACAUUGGCUGCUGUAAAACUGGUUAGCUGGCUAAGAGGUUCUAAAUUUAUUGUGGAUUGGCAUAACUUUGGAUAUACGUUGCUCGGAUUGUCUCAUGGCAGAAGUCAUAUAAUAGUCAAAAUCUAUUUCUGGAUCGAGAAGUACUUUGGCCGGAUGGCGGAUGGUGCCUUUUGUGUUACAAAAGCAAUGCAGCAUGAGCUUGCUCAAAAUUGGGGGAUCAAAGCAACAGUGCUUUAUGAUCAUUCUCCUGCAUUUUUCCAUCCCACUUCCUUGAAAGAGAAACAUGAGUUGUUCUGCAGGUUGGGUAAUACCAUUUGUAGUGCUAUGGGCAGUGUGGAUUGCAUCUCUGUUGAAAAAGAAGUGGAAGACAAGAACACUAGUGUAGUUACUAGUAAGAUUGAUGGUGAAAUUUCCUUGAAGCCUAAUAGACCUGCAAUUGUUGUGAGCAGCACAAGCUGGACACCAGAUGAGGAUUUCAGCAUUCUUCUGGAAGCAGCACUGAUGUAUGAUAGACGUGUUGCUGCAACAUUAGGUGAAGAGGAUUCAAUGGAUGAGGGGCAACUUUGGAUUGAUAUCAAGAAUGGGAAGCAGUUUGAUUACCCAAGAUUGCUUUUCAUUAUCACAGGUAAAGGGCCUGACAGAAAGAAAUAUGAGGAGCGAAUAAAAAGGUUGAAUCUGAGACGUGUUGCCUUCCGAACUAUGUGGCUUGCAUCAGAGGACUAUCCUCUAUUGCUAGGAUCGGCUGACCUAGGUGUAUCGUUGCAUACAUCCUCGUCGGGGCUUGACCUACCUAUGAAGGUGGUUGAUAUGUUUGGAUGUGGAUUACCAGUUUGUGCUGCUUCAUUCUCCUGCAUCGAGGAGCUUGUAAAAGUAAACAGAAAUGGACUUCUUUUCUCAACAUCUUCGGAGCUAGCAGAUGAACUUAUGAUGCUCUUCAAGGGUUUUCCAGAGGAAUGUGACACCUUGAAACCCCUGAAGGAUGGUGCCUUGAGUACAGGGUCAUCUUCCAAAUGGUCAACAGAAUGGGAAGCUUGUGCACUUCCUUUGGUAAACCAGGUCAUAGGCUAAAACACAUGAUAAUAUUUAUCAGAUGGGCAAAAGGAUUUUUGUAGCCGACCUCACAAUCUGCCAAUUCUGUAGUUUAUAGGUUUAUUGUGCACUUGAGAAACAAGAUAUACAUGAAGGUUGGGGAGAAAAGCAUGUGCAUAUUUCAGCUUGCUUGCACCAGCUGCUUGCUCGGAUCAGUUGCUACCGAAGGCAUUGGUGAUUGGUGUUAGUUUUGCAGAAGCUACCACUAUGUAAAACUUCCCGGUCAGCGUAUGCCAAAGUUGUUUCAUCAUGUUAUCUACCGGCCUACUGGAGCUUAACAGCAGCUUGAUAUGGGUCUCAUUGGAAUGUCCAGUUGCAUGAUAAGCGGAAGACACAAAAAAGCCGGGCUGUAACAAUGCACUGAGGCAAACUAACAUGUAGGAGCCCUAAAGAAAAGUGUAUCAGGAUCUCCUAAUUAUUUCUUCUGUGCUGCCAUCUCGUGGUUCCGAUUGUGCAAGUCAUAGCACUAUAUCCGGAGAAAAUAGACAUACUAACUUAUAUGUGCCAUAAAAAAAAGCUUCUAUGCUACUUAUUUAUAAGCGCUGCUACAAGACCUACACUCUGUCAAAUGAACUUCCCUGAAUCUGUUCUGAUCCAUUUGCUACUUUGCA